GUUCCUAAGAAAAUUAAAAAAACAAAGAAAGCCUAAUCUUCCUUGUUCAUUAUUUUGUUCCCUGUGAUUUCAUCCUUUUUGUUUGUUUUCUGGGAAAAUUUUUUCCUGGGAAAGAAAGAAAGAAAGAAAAAAUCAUUUGGCAGUGCCCCAGAGCCUGAGACUUCCGCCCUGCUGUUUUGUCUUCUGAUCCCAAUUUGGGGCUGCUCUGACUGGUGUGUUUCGUUUUUCUUUCUUUUGGAUUUUUGUUGGUAGUUUGGUUUUUUUGAAAAAUUUUUUCUAUGUUAGAUUCUGAGCUGGUGAGAUCUGAAGUUGUGGAUAUGGGAGAGAGGGGGAGAAAUUAUUUGGGAUUUGUUGUUUGGUUGUGGAUUUUUUUAAUUUGAUUCUAGGAGCAAAUUUGGGGGAUUUUUGUCGUUGUUUAAGGUUGGGGAUUGGAUAUUUGGGUUUUGAAUUUUUGUGGGUAGUUUUGUUUAGGAGGUUUAGAGAUGAAAAUUGAAUUUGGGAUGGGAGGUGGGGCGUGGAAUGAUGAGGAGAAGGCCAUGGUUGCUAGUGUUUUGGGAACAAGGGCAUUCGAUUACUUGAUAUCGAGCUCGGUUUCGAAUGAGAACCUGUUGAUGACUCUCGGCAGCGAUGAGAAUCUCCAGAACAAGCUCUCAGAUCUGGUGGACAGGCCGAACGCCGCGAAUUUCAGCUGGAACUACGCGAUAUUCUGGCAGGUGUCGCGGUCCAAAUCCGCGGAUGUGGUUCUUGGAUGGGGAGAUGGGUCUUGUAGAGAGCCAAUGGAGGGGGAAGAACGGGAAGCUAUGAGGAUUCUCAAUCUUCGUCUUGAAGAUGAUACUCAGCAGAAGUGGAGGAAAAGGGUUUUGCAGAGACUGCAUGUGCUGUUCGGCGGAUCAGAUGAGGAUAAUUACGCUCUUGGGUUGGAUAGAGUUACUGAUACAGAGAUGUUCUUCUUAGCAUCUAUGUAUUUCUCGUUUCCUCGAGGAGAAGGCGGUCCCGGGAGGUGUUUGGCGUCAGGGAAGCACGUAUGGAUCUUGGAUGCUCUGAAGCCUGGUUCUGAUUACUGUGUUCGGUCUUUUCUUGCGAAGUCUGCUGGAAUUCAGACCAUUGUCUUGGUCCCUACUGAUGUUGGUGUUGUUGAGUUGGGGUCAGUGAGAUAUGUACCUGAAAACUUAGAGUUGUUGCAGUUUGUUAGGAGCUUUUUUUCGUCUAAUUCUGUGCUGCUCAGAGCCAAGCCCAUGCCAGCGGUUAUAGCAGCAGUGAAUGAGAAGAAAGAUGAGAAUACCCGUUUUUCCAAUCUGGGGGUUGCUGAAAGAGUGGAAGGGAUUCCAAAGAUUUUCGGGCAGGAAUUGAAAAGCACAGGCCGUAAUCAUACUCAUCACAGGGAGAAACUUGCCAUUAGAAAGAUGGAGGACAGGCCAACAUGGGAGGCCUAUGCUAAUGGGGGUGGUAGGCUGGCAUUUACAAGCAAUCAGAAUGGCCUUCAUGGUUCGAGUUGGCCACAUGUUGUUCCUGGUGUGAAACAAGGGAACCCCAUUGAGUUCUCAUCAAAUAAUGUUCAAGAGCAUGUUAGUGCAAUUACUGAAGAGUUUCGGAAUCACUUUCAGUCCCAGAAGCCAGCCCAAAUGCAGAUUGAUUUUUCAGGGGCUACAUCAGGAAUGGUUGCUCAGAGUGCUGAUUCAGAGCAUUCAGAUGUCGAAGCUUCGCGCAGGGAAGGGAGGCCAUGUGCAGCUGAUGAAAGGAGGCCUCGGAAGCGUGGAAGAAAGCCUGCAAACGGAAGAGAAGAACCUCUCAAUCACGUUGAAGCCGAGAGGCAGCGGCGUGAGAAGCUGAACCAGCGGUUUUAUGCUUUGAGAGCUGUGGUGCCCAACAUAUCCAAGAUGGACAAAGCUUCCUUGUUAGGUGAUGCAAUUGCCUAUAUAAAUGACCUUCAGGCAAGGCUCAAGGACUUGGAAGCAGAGAGAGAGAAAUUUGGUAGCUCUUCAAGAGAUUCUUCAGCUUUGGAGUCCAAUCCAAUUCUGGAGAAUCAUAACCAUUCUGUUAAUGUUGAUAUUCAAGUCGGACAUGAUGAGGUUAUUGUAAGAGCUAGCUGUCCUUCAGAUUUGCACCCUGCAUCAGGAGUCAUUCAAGUGUUUAAAGAGGCGAACAUUACUGUCCUUGAUUCGAGGCUUGCUGCAGCAAAUGAUACUGUCUUCCACACAUUUGUAAUCAAAUCUCAAGGCCCCGAACAGCUACAGCUAACUAAGGAAAAAUUGAUUGCGGCAUUCUCACAAAAGUCAAAUUCAUUAUAGCCCUAAUCAUCUGUUGGAUGGCAGAUAAAUUGCAGUUGACUUAGUCCAUAGGCGUUCAGUUUUAGCAAAGGACCUGUCUUGGAAGCUACUUCAAAGGAUAUUGAUACAGCACAGAGAAUUGUUUAAAGGGUCAGAGAAGCCUGCUAAGAUGUAGGAAAACAUCUACUUAUUGACCAAGUAGGGCAGCAGAAAUUUCUGUGAUUGUUUAUAUUAUACAGAAUUCUGUCAUAAUUAAGUAUUUUUGCAAGAUGAAUUAGAAUAUUAGAUUUGUACUCCAAACCAACCCUAUUAUUGUUGGUUGUUAUAGUGAUUCUUUUUGUUCUUUCAUCCUCAUUUCUUAGGUUUCUUUUAUUCUUUUGACCUGUGCUGUGCAGAAAUACUUAUAUUUUAUGUAAUUGCUUCUCAUUUUCUUCCUUGAAUUAAAUAUUUAAUUUUGUGCCUUUCAUUCCCUUUCUCUUUUUUUUUUUUGGCAUAUUUUUGGUUGAAAUAUUUUAGUUUAAAGAAUCCUGCCAUUUUGCACUAGAAGGCUGUUGAUUGUUCUUUGAUUAUAAGGUACUGCAGAAUUUGCUGCCUGAGACCAAAUUAUUCACAGGUGAAGGAAAGCAUGUGGGCUUGAAGAGAACAGUCAAUUGGUACUUUUGGUGCCAUAUGCAGACUCCCCAUUCCUGGUAACAUCCUUAUUGUCUCCUCUCUACUUUCCAAUCUUGUAUCUUACAGAAGUUGUGGUCAUUUCUUGUUUACAUUGGAAUUUUACUUAUGUCUCUUUGUUGGUUCUGCAAUUGCAAUAUUUCAGUUUGUAAUGGCAUUGCCAUUGAAUAACAUGCUCUUUAUAUG